AUGACCCAACGAUCCUCUGUCACCAUCAAGUCAGGGGGCACUCGGAACUUCAGUGCUUCCUCAGCGAACCUCCUCCCAGGCAGCCGGACCAGCUUCAGCUCUGUCUCUGUGACCCAGGGUGGGAAGGGCUUUGGGGGUGGCUUCGGGGGUGGCUUCGGGACCAGGAGCCUCCACGGCCUUGGAGGCAGCAAGAGAAUCUCCGUCAGCGGGGGCUACCGCUCCAACCGGGGCUACGGUGGUGCUGGCUAUGGGAUGGGUCUUGGCGGCAUAGGGUACAGGGUAGGGGGAUUUGGAGGUGGGAUGAUGCCUGGAGCUGGAGGCAUCCAGGAGGUCACUGUCAACCAGAGCCUCCUGACCCCCCUCCACCUGGAGAUCGACCCCUCCCUCCAGCGAGUGCGGAAGGAGGAGAAGGAGCAGAUCAAGACCCUCAACAACAAGUUUGCCUCCUUCAUCGACAAGGUGCGGUUCCUGGAGCAGCAGAACAAGGUCCUAGAGACCAAAUGGAGCCUCCUGCAGGAGCAUAAAACCACCAGGGCCAACAUCGAGCCCAUGUUUGAAGCCUACAUCAGCAAUCUGAGACGGCAGCUGGACAGCUUGGGUGGAGAGAGGGCGAGGCUGGAGACGGAGCUGAAGAACAUGCAGGAUGUGGUGGAGGACUUCAAGAACAAGUAUGAAGAAGAAAUCAACAAGCGCACAGUGGCAGAGAAUGAGUUUGUGAUGCUCAAGAAGGAUGUAGAUGCCUCCUACAUGAACAAGGUGGAGCUGGAGGCCAAGGUGGAUGCCUUAAUGGAUGAGAUCAACUUCCUGAGAGCUUUCUAUGAUGCGGAGCUGGCUCAGCUGCAGGCCCAGAUCUCUGAGACCUCUGUGGUGCUGUCCAUGGACAACAACCGCAAGCUGGACUUGGACAGCAUCAUCGCCGAGGUCAAAGCCCAGUAUGAGGACAUCGCCAACCGCAGCAGGGCUGAGGCCGAGUCCUGGUAUCAGACCAAGUACGAGGAGCUGCAGCGCUCGGCUGGCCAGCACGGGGACGACCUUCGCACCACCAGGAUGGAGAUCUCUGAGCUGAACCGGAUGAUGCAGAGGCUGCGCUCUGAGAUUGAUAACCUGAAGAAGCAGUGUGCCGCACUCCAGGCCGCCAUCGCAGAUGCUGAGCAGCGUGGGGAGCUGGCCCUCAAGGACGCCAAGCACAAGCUGGCCGAGCUGGAGGACGCCCUGCAGAAGGCCAAGCAGGACAUGACCAGGCAGCUGCGUGAAUACCAGGAGCUAAUGAAUGUCAAGCUGGCCUUGGAUAUCGAGAUUGCCACCUAUAAGAAGCUGCUGGAGGGCGAGGAGAACCGACUCAUUGGAGAAGGUGUCGGAUCCGUGAACAUCUCUGUGGUCUCCUCCUCGGGCGGAACAGGCUACAGCGGAGGCAGUGGCCUCUGUGUGGGCGGGAGCGGCUACAGCAGUGGCCUCUCCUAUGGCUCAGGCGGUGGUGGCAGCUUCAGUUCCACCAGUGGCCGCAACUUGGGUGGCAGCACCUCCAGCAUGCGCAUCAUCUCCAAGACGUCUACUAAAAAGAGUUAUAGGAGCUAAAGGGCCCCUUCUGCCUCUGCUGCCUCUCCGUCCCUCACCCUGCCCCACCAAGCCCCCAUUUCCCAGCCCCAAGGCCCUCGCGCGCUUUGCUGACACCCUCUGCACACAAUCAAUCCUGGCAGCAGGAAGCACAGGGAGCAGGGAAGUGGCCUGUGAGUUCUGAGAUCACCUUACCCAUCCCUCUGCCUCAGACAGGUCCCCACAGAGGCACCCACUUGUUCCCCAUCCCCGGAGCCCUUCAGGGGCCAUAGGCAUCCAUUCUAACUAAUGCUGAUUCAACUGCUGUGAGCCAAGACCUGGGCUAGGACUCUGCCCUUCAGUAGCUUCCAGAACAGGGAUGCAGUUGGUCUUCCUACUCCUGUCUGACCCACAUCCACUGCAACCACAGUCCUUCACAGGGUGGGGCGUAGAACUGACCUUGGUGCUCCAAGGAAGUUGAAUGCAGUCUAGGCCCAGAGUUUCCAUGUGAGCUUUCUCAGCACAGGCAGAACACUUUUCCUGCAGACCACGGAAACCAGGAAAAUGUUGCAAACCCUGCCCACAUAUGGCCUUCUCACCUUCUUCCUUAUUAUCCUCACCCAGGCCACCAGCCACUUCCCUUGACAAUUCCUACCAGCAGAAUAUUUGAAUGAGAAAUCAACACCCAUCCAAAUAUUACCAACUCUUGAUUAUUAUAGGAGAAUGGAAUAAUCUUAUCAAGAAUCCAAAAGAUUUUUAUGGCCAGGGGCUGCAUUAGGUGAUAUUUUAUAGCCAAAUUCCUUCCAAAUCUGCCUCAUUUAAACCACGUUAGAAUUACGGGCCCAAACAGAAAUGUCCUGAUGAGGAGGGGAGGAGGCAGGCUCUGUGAGCAUGUGGGAAAGGCAGCCCAGCACCAGGAGCCUACAACAGACAUGUUGGAAGAAGGAGCCCAAUCAGCCUCUACUAGAACUGCCCUGGGGGAAUCCUCCUACAAAAUAACCGGCCAGGCUCAGGACUUUUCUCUUCUCUGUGCUGGCCACAUCUCUUCUGGGAAGUUUUCUUUCCUUUUCUACCCCAUCUUUCCACCUUCUCUUUCACCCUCACUCCUUUUCUACUCAUCCUCUUCCAUCCUGCGUGCUCCCUCUCUCCAUCCUUCCGCUCCUCCUCUCUCCCUGUUUCUCUCCUUUCUUCCUCUCCUUCCCCCACUUUUCCAUUUGGCAAUAUCUUUCCUUUCUCCCUCCUGACCUUUCUUUUUCCAUCUUCCUGUCUCUGAUGUGUCUAUUGUGUGGAUUUACCCACCCCCAGCAUUAGCCACAACUGAAACUCUCGCAGGCAGACCACCAAAUGCCCUGCCCCACAGGGGAGGCCCGAGAGAACAGACUCAGAAGACAGGCAGUUCUUCCUUCAGUGUUCCUGGGGGGACACAUUGCCCAGCCUCUUGAAGGGCAGAGGUAGGGUGGCGGUGGAAUAGGGAAAUGACGGUGGCACAGAGACCUUUCUGAGGCUGGCCUUCACAGGGCAAUUUCCCUAUCAAGUUAGAUGAGUCAUAAACCCUCAAAACACCUGGUAUGUAUUCAAGACCAAAAUGCACUCCCAAGGCAAGUAGAGAUGGGCUGUCAGACAGCUGACAUGAACACUGGAGAGUUCACUGCUUCAGAAAAAGUCACCCCUCUUCUGAUUGUUUAAAACCCUUCUCAACUGCCCACUCCCUAUUCCUGCCUGUUGCCUGAAAUAGCUUCAA